UGAGUGACCUCAGCUGGCUCCCACAGGCAGCACCGUCACACCCCAUGACAGUAAUAAAAUCCUCUCGGAGCCCGAGGAGCCAUCUGGUCCUCACGCCCAGGGAGGUAGAGCCUUGAGAGCUGGGGGAUAAAGUGCGUCAGGCCCCCGAGGGGACACAAGGACGGGACUUUAACCCUGACUCACAUUCUGCGGGGUGCUUCUGGCUGCCUGUGGGCAGGUCUAAGACACCCCCAUAAAGCCCACGGGUGCAGGCAGGCCCCCAGGUGUGAACCCAGGUGCAGAUCGUGGGGGCAGGGAGCCGCGGCACUGCGUGGAGCCGGGCGGGUUACAGGCGUUCUCUGGCUGGCAGUGCAGGGGUUAGCGUCCCUGCUGUAGCCUGUGGGAGCUGGGAGCGUGGCCCUGAGGGGACACAGCGAGACAGCGCUCCACGGGGCAGAAGAGGGGCAAACGUGGAGGUUUCUGAGCUCGGCGCUGCUGGUUGCUAUGUCCAGGGCCACCACGGCUUGUCCUUUGUCAGGAAAGAGGGUUGCACCGAGGAAACACCUGGCUCGGAUCAAUGGUUUCCCCUCCUCCCGGAGCCAGGCCCCAGAGGUUGGCGCCCCCCUCCCGGCCAAUGCUUACCUAGACUAGCUUCCGUGUGGCAGCACGUCACACUGUGUAAAUCAGGGCCAGGCUGGCGUGCACCCAGCAGGCCUGGGCAUGGCUCUGUUUGCUCACUGCCUGGCUGUGCAGAGGGCAGAGACAAGGCAACCAGCUGUACGGGAAGGGAAAGUGAAAGCAUCCGGUCACUGCUCCCUGCUGUAAGCCCAGGAUCUGCACACUGCUAAGGUGCAGCCAGGCAGCUGGAGCCCCUCCCGGCCGGGGCUAUGGCGGCGCGAGUCGGGCUCUUCUCUCUGCUUCUCGGGAGUGUCUGCGCCCAGCUGGAGGUGAUGGUGGACUCCACAGUGGUGGCUCAGCUGGGCUCCCAGGCUCUCCUCCCAUGCACCUUCACCGUGGUGGACGCCCCCAUCAGCCCAGAGUACCUGGCUGUGCACUGGUAUUUCCAGGACCAGGAGCUGGUGUCAUACGAUGACUCCCUCAACGUCUUCCGGCCGGGGGCCUCCAUGGACACGGAGCAGCUCGCCAGCGGCAACGCCUCUCUGGUUCUGCGCAAUGUGACCGUGUCGGACCAGGGAGCCUACCGGUGCCUGGUCAUCCACAGCCCGGACAGAGGGGAGCAGAGCCUGCACCUGGCAGUGCUGGCUGUGCCCACCGUUGCCGUCCCCAGUAAAGCGGUGCUGAGGGGGGAGCCGAACUUGCUGAAAUGCUCCGUGUCCGGCUUCCAUCCGGCCAACAUCACGGUGACCUGGCUGAGGGCUGGGGAGGUCCUGCCGGCGUCCCCGCUCCCCACGCCCCAGAGGAACCCGGACGGCACCUUCAACGUCAGCAGCUCUCUGACCUUCCAGCCCACGGAGCAGGACCAGGGCGUCACCUUCUCCUGCCAGGUCCAGCACGCCGCUGUGCCACGGGGCGCUCUGCAGACAGACUUCCAGCUCGUGUUCGGAGUCUCCCCCAUGGUGAACAUUCACGCCCCCACGUUUGUGCAAGGCAAGGCCCAGGUGUUAACGUGCGACGUGAAGGGUUUUUACCCAGAAGCCAUCGCUGUUAACUGGCUCCUCAACGGGGUCCGGACAGAAGCCCCCCGCGUGAACCCUAAUGGCACCUUCAACCUGGAGUCGUUCUACCAGUUCACGCCUGCGGCGGAGUUGGAGGGCGCUGAGAUCAGCUGCGAGGUGCAGCACGAGACGCUGAGCCGGCCCAUCGUCCGGAGCGUGCGGGUGCACCUGGAGCGUGAGGGGACUCAGGUCAGUGUCAUAGUCCUGGUGGUGUCCGUGCUGGUCUCAGCGCUGGCGGUGGCUGGAGUCGCGUUAUUCCUGUACAAGAGAAGCAGAGCCACCAGCCAGACGUUCACCGUGAGCGACAUCGUGGGGCCUAAAGUUUGGGUCCCCGGGGAGUACGUUUCCCUCGUGUGCAUUGGCUACCACUGCCCGGUGGGCACGAAGGCCACGUGGGCAAAGUACGAAAAUGAAGAGCUAAAGCCCAUCACUGAGGAUAAACCGGCUGUGAGCGACAGGGAGAAGCAGACGCUUGUUCCCAUCAACACUCUGUACAAAGUCCAGACGCAGAUGCUGCCCUUGAACAAAGGCUCAGCCACUCUGGCCACGACGCUCAUGUUUCGUGUCAGGAGCCCGGAGGACCUGGGAGCCCGGUACCAGUGCUGCUUCAUCAGCAAGGAUGGGAGAACGCUGAGCACCAAGGAGUUCGGAGACUACACCCUGCGCCCCUCCGGUCAGACUCAAGGACCAGCUGUGGACCUGGCAGCAGCCUGGCCUGCAGAGGAAUAGCGGGGACAGCACCCCAGCCUGUUGGGGGUCCCAGAGACAGUACGAAGCACCUGGACAGUAUUGAACGGAACACCCCUGUUAUAACUAUAAAGGGAAGGGUAACAGCCUUCCUGUGUACAGUACUAUAAAAUCCCCCCUGGCCAGAGACUCCAAAAUCCUUUUACCAGUAAAGUGUUAAGAAGCUCAGGUAACC